GCAAAACAAACUUCUGAGUUUCAAACAGUAAGGGCCCUUCUAUUAAUCAUUUUCAAAAGUUAUAAGACAAUUACCUAAAAGUUUCAAGCGAGCAGGAUCUGACUUUUGAUAUAGAAUACAAUCAAGCACAAGAAGCAGCAGAAACUAAUGAUGGGGAAAAUCAAGAACUACGCUAGUCUCCUUGAAGUCAACAAAUCAAAACCAAGAAAAGAAGGGUUAAAAAUUAAAAAGUCGGCAAAAACUCACAGAGGAACUUCAAAAGACUCUGAGGUUCUUCGGCUCACUCAUGAUUUCAGUGAAAAUACUAUAAUCCAAAAGAACUUGGCUGCCUUUAACGAGUUUCAAAAGUACCAACAAAGUGUAUUUAAGCAUAACUUCAAGACUACUAAAUCCCCUAAGACAUCUAGACCAAGAAACAAGAGCAACCUAAGCAUUAAUUCUAAAUAAGAUAAAAAUCUGCAAAAAUGCAGAUAAAUCUUCCAAAAACCUCCAACUCAAGGGAACCUUGGUGGUUCCUAGUGAUAAGGGCCUUCUCUCUGCAAGAUCUGUGCUGAAGAAGGAGCAGAUUUAUCGAAGCUUUAAAUCUCCAGAGAAAAGUAAAAAGUCCAAGAAGAAGAUCAAGAAGACAGAUAUUAUGAGAGCCAUCAAAGCUCAGAGCAAGAAGAAGCUCAGCCUUAAGUUAGACAAGAUACUUAACGUUUACUCUUCCAGAAGAGCGCCAAGCGCUACUUCUGACAAGAGUCAUAGUAAAUCCUGCUCUAAAAGCAGGAAGAUUCCUAAGGCGAAGGUUUGCUUAACUACUAGGACGACAAAGUCGCCCUUGAGGUUAGCUAAAUUUACUAAGAAGUCUCUGAAGUUGACUAAGAAUAGGAAAGAAAAGAAUCAGCCUAAGCAACCAAAGCAGUUUAAGACUUCAAAGGCAAGCUUGAAGUUAUCUUCACAGUUGUUUUUCGAGCUAUCAAAAUUUAAUUCUAAGUUCAACUUGAACAAGACAAUUCAGAACCAGAAGAAGCCUGCUAGAAGUAGGAAUCUGUGAGGACUUGGGGGCUCAACAGAACAACAAGUUGCCCAGAUUCAAGGAUAUAAAACUCAAAGAGGCGCCCAAAAGGAUAAAAGUGGAUUAUUAUAAGCAUGCUAACUUCCUACUUAUCCUCCGAAAAGAAAGGAUUGAACAUCCGAAAGAAGAGUUUUCAGAAGCAGCAGCUAACUACUAGGAACACCAAUAAAAAUUUGUUCCCAGAUUUUGAGAAGAUGGGCAAAAUACCUCAGGAAAAAGAAGAGAAGAAAACCAUCGAUGGAUUCAAUAUCUUCAAGACUGAAACAGGUGAAGACAAACCUGAUAAAGUAGACCCUUUUGAUUUAAUAGGACUGAACGAUGAUUUAUUCUCCUUCGAUAAACCUGGGAAUAAAAAGUCCUUCAAGAAGGUAGAGAGCAUCGUGGAUGAAGACAACAGGAACACAGCUACCGAUUGUUAUUCACCUAUUGCUAAAAGAAAAGAUAAGCAUAAGAUGAGCUGAGAGACGGGAGAGGGAACAACUCAACUUCCAAUAGGAUCUACUCCACAAUAUGACAACUAUUUGUAGUAAAAUAAUUAUGAGUUCAAACA